GCAAGAAAGUGAAAGAAAAAAAAUUAUUUUUCAUCUAUUUUGCGUGUUUAUUUACAUAAUUUUAUCAAUAAAUUUUAAAUGUUUUCACAACACUUCUCACAUGCAUUUUUUUGCAGAAAAAGGAAAAGGAAAAGUGGCAUAUUACGGAACAACAGAAUUUGCUGAAGGAAUCUGGGUUGGUGUGAUUCUGGAUGAACCAAACGGUAAAAAUAAUGGAACUGUUAAAGGUGUCAAAUAUUUCGAAUGUACUAAUAAUUAUGGAGUUUUUGUGAAACUAAUGGUUGUUAAAUUGCGAAAUUUUAUCGAUAAAAUAGUUGGAAAUUGA